AUGGAAUCAAUUGUUAUUGAAGUUAAUGACGAGUUUUCCAUUAAUAAAUUCUAUUCAAUGGAUAUAAUGAAUGAUGUUUGUGCUUUUCUUUCAUCAGAUUCCGUCGUUGUUUUCAAUAUUACUACAGAACGUCUAAAAUUCAACAAAAUUUAUAAACGUCAACCUGAGGAACUAAAAAAUAACGGCGAUAAUUCAUGGGUUAAUAUCAUUAACAAAUCUAAUAUUGCAUUUGGAACCGCAAAAGGUUCGAUUUAUCUUUACAACAUCUAUUCACAAAAAUGCAAGUCAAUUCAUACGGGAUUCACUAUAACAGACACUUUUGUUUAUAAAGAUUCUGUUGGAAUUUGCGUUGUCGGUCCAAAAAUCGUUUUAAUCUCAGCAUCAGGAGAUUCUAUUCAAAGUAUUAAUUUCGAAGCACCAUCCCCUUAUAUUAAGAAUAUUAUCUCGUUUUCUGAUACUGUCGCAUUCUGCUGCAGUUCAUUUUUAUACUCAGGAAAAUUAUUGCCAAAUUAUGAACCAAAACAGAUCUCCGAAAAUGUUAUGAUGAUUUCCUCAACGGAAGACUCUACUAUAUCAGCAGAUUUCUUUGGAGAAAUAUCUAAAAUAAAUGAAACAAAGAAAGAAGAAAUUGGAAAGACCGAAAUGGGCGUCUUCGCUUUACUUAAUACAAAUCAUGGACCAAUUUACGUUGAUAUGGUCGGUGGAAUACAUUUAGGAAAUAAUUCGAUCACAAUUAAAGAUAUUUCUUCAGCUAUGGAUUACAGCUAUGACUCUAUCAAUGACAGAAUCAUAUUUAUUGCUCGUAACUCUUUAAUGGCAGCUUCUCUCAAGAAUUUAGUAGAAAAUGUUCCAAAAGUAGUCAGAGAACCAAUUAUUAAGCCAUAUUCAGAACCAGAGAAUGAAGUUGAACCUGUUCAACAACCAGUUGUCCCAGAAAAACAACCAGAACCAGAGCCAAUUACAAAAGAACCAGAAGAAAAGGCUCAUGAAGUUGUUGAGCAACCAACAGUUGAACUCGAAUCUGUUCUUGAUGUAUUCAGACCAUUUACAGACUUAAAUCCUGAAGAAAAAGUUGAAUUUCUCAUGACAGCUCCAGAAGAACAGUUUCUCAAGGCUUUACGUGAGAAUUCCAAGGAAGUUUUGGAAGUUAAAGGCAAGAACCAUAUCGUUGAAAGCCUUAUCGAGACAAAACAAUGGAUUAGAGCCUCUCAUCUUUCGAAUGCAUUUGAUGAGAACUUAAAUGAACUUCUUCUUCAAUAUCCAGACUUAGGGAAGACAGAAUUUCCAGAAUGUGUCUCUUCGAUAUCAUCUGAUGCUAAUAAUUGGAAAGAUAACGCAAUAAUUCUGAAAUUACUUGCUUCAAACUUUAUGAUGACUGGUUUAUUGCGCUGGAGCUUGGCAACAUUUAUUGUUGCUAAUGAUAAAUCAAAAAUUAGAGUACUUGUUGAAGACGAUCAUACCUUAUUUGAUGAUGUAAGCGCAUUUACAAGGGACUAUGAAAAUACAGAUGCAACAAAAUUGCUUAAGAGUCUUAAUAUCGGUUUUUAA